CUGCUUCCUGUUUGUGAAACGUGGUCCUCCUAGCAGCACAGACUCAGGCCUGAGAGCCAACCAUGCCACGGAACCAACUGCAUAGCUGGCUGAAUGCUGUGUUCUUUGGGCACCUGCUUCUCGUCCAUGCGCAGGGUCAGGACUCACCAGAGGCCAGCCCCAUCAGAAACACCCACACUGGCCAGGUCCAAGGCAGGCUUGUCCACGUGAAGGACACUAAUGCUAGUGUCCACACCUUCCUGGGAAUUCCCUUUGCCAAGCCUCCUGUAGGACCACUGCGCUUUGCACCUCCUGAAGACCCUGAGCCAUGGAGUGGUGUGAGAGGUGGGACCUUACAGCCGGCCAUGUGUCUGCAAAAUCUUGAGCUACUGUACCCAGAGGGCCUGAAGAAGAUGAAACUGAACCUGUUUCCCUUCUCUAUGUCUGAGGACUGCCUGUAUCUCAACGUAUACACACCAGCCCAUGCCCAGGAGGGCUCUAACCUACCAGUGAUGGUGUGGAUCCACGGUGGUGGACUGGUUGCAGGAAUGGCUUCCAUGUAUGAUGGGUCCACACUGGCAGCUACUGAAGAUGUGGUGGUAGUCAUUAUCCAGUAUCGUCUUGGUGUCUUGGGCUUCUUCAGCACUGGAGACCAGCAUGCAAGAGGCAACUGGGGAUACCUGGACCAAGUAGCUGCCCUAUGCUGGGUCCAGCAGAACAUUGCCCACUUUGGUGGCAACCCUAACCGUGUCACUAUUUUUGGCGAGUCUUCAGGUGGCACAAGUGUGUCUUCACAUGUUGUGUCCCCCAUGUCCCAAGGGCUCUUCCAUGGAGCCAUCAUGGAGAGUGGAGUAGCGCUGCUGCCUUUCCUUAUCUCCAACACCUCUGAGACAGUCUAUACUACCGUGGCCAAGCUUUCUGGAUGUGAGGCCAUGGACUCAGAGGCUCUUGUGCGCUGUCUGAGAGGCAAGAGUGAAGCACAGAUUCUGACUUUUAACAAGGUCUUCUUCCUGAUCCCUGCUGUGGUGGAUGGAGAGUUCCUACCCAGGCAUCCCAAAGAGUUGUUGGCAUCUGAGGAUUUUCACCCUGUCCCCAGCAUCAUUGGUGUCAACAAUGAUGAGUUUGGUUGGACAAUCCCCAGGGUCAUGGGCUCUGCUCAGACAAUAAAGGAAAUAACCAGAGAGAACCUGCAGGCUGUUCUGAAGAAUACAACAGCAGAACUAAAGCUGCCUCCUGAGUGUAGCGACCUGCUAAUGGAAGAGUACAUGGGGAACACUGAAGAUGCCCAGACCCUCCAAAUACAGUACACAGAGAUGAUGGCAGACUUUGUGUUCGUGAUCCCUGCACUCCAAGUAGCACAUUUUCAGACUUCCCAUUCCCCUGUCUACUUCUAUGAAUUCCAACAUCAGUCCAGCUUCCUCAAGGAUAUCAGACCACCCCACGUUAAGGCCGACCAUGCUGAUGAGGUUCCUUUUGUCUUUGGGUGCUUGCUCUUUGGGAUGAAAUCUAACUUCACUGAGGAGGAGAAGCUGCUGAGCAGGAGGAUGAUGAAUUACUGGGCCAACUUUGCAAGAUAUGGGAACCCCAACAGCGAGGGUCUACCCCACUGGCCUAUGUUGGACCAAGAUGAACAGUACCUGCAGCUGAACACCCAGCCUGCUGUGGGCCGAGCCCUGAAGGCCAGAAGGCUGCAGUUCUGGACCAAGACUCUGCCCCAGAAGAUCCAGGAGCUAAACGGGGCUCAGGGAAACCGUGCUGUAGUGUUCGACCAGCAGUAUUUGGAUUCACCAUAG